ACCUCCCUCCUGCCACGAGCAGCGAUCAUGGACGUGCCUUCUUCCACUACUAUGGGCGACGCCUGCUUCUCCCCCUCCACUGGGGGUGACGGCAAACGCAAACGAAAUCGCAAGGCCAAGAAGUUUGCUGACUACGUCGCUUGGGAGGAGGAGGCGACCACCGAAAGGGAGGAAGAGCCGACGGAAGAUGGACAACACCACAACAAACGCAAUCGCAAGGGCAAGUCAACAGCAACGCAACAAACGCCGCACCAAAGCAGCCCCUUUGCUGCCACUCCAGUCGCUAGUCCAUCACCUUCUGACACUGCUCCUGCUACCGGUAGUCACGAUACGAUUGUGUCGGUCAAGAAGGUGGCAGGCGUCCAGAACGCCACCCGCAAGGCCCUUGAAUGGUUGCAGUACGGAGAUAUGUCCCUCGUGGAGCUGGGCCAGAGCCUACCGAAGCUUUCCAAAGCUCGCGUGGAGGUUGUCAUGGAGGCUCUGCGAGCUGCUGGUCUCGUAACGCUGGUCAGGAAGCACGCGCCCAACGCAAUGGGAGAGGAUCACGUAACCGAGGUGUAUCGUUUCUCCGCCGGCCGAUCUCCAGCAACGGCGCUUGAGAUCGGAGGGGGGAGGCCUGUCUCUCUUGGGUCCAUCUCGAAGCGCAUCAAGACCUCGCAGGCGGAACUAACCGGGCUUAACGAACGAAUCAACGUGCUAAAGAUUUCCCCCGUGCGCGAACAACCGAACCACCCCUCCCUCAGCAUUACCCCCAGUUUUACCCCCACUGGUCGCAAGUACAGCCGCACCCACGACGGGAAGCAUGCACGUCCACGGUUGGUACAGAAUCAUGCACGAAAGUCGACGACUUAG